GUAAAGGAAUAUGUGAGUAGUAUGAUAAUAUAAAAAGCAUUAUCUCACUGAUUGCAUCAAGUCCUAAAUAUUCAAACGUGAUGGUUUGUCUCCAUUUAAAGUUUCCGCCCAUUUAAAGCCAAAGCGCAUCGCGAGAGUGAGGAAGUGAUAGACCGUUACAUAUGCAGUGAGCAGCUGCUGGGAUCCGGUUAGUUUGAUUUAAUGGCUAAAGUGGAGAUCGCCCCUUUGAGAAGCUGGGAUGAUUUUUACCCAGGCUCAGAGCGCUUCGCCAAACCAGACACGCGAGAUCUGGCGAAAUGGAACAACAGAGUGGUCAGCAACCUGCUGUACUAUCAAACAAACUAUUUGGUGCUGGCAAUCAUUGUGUUCCUGAUUGUAGGGUUCUUGAACCCUGUGAGCAUGUUCACAGGUGCAGCAGUGGUUGCUUCUGUCUUCAUUGGCUCUGUAUGGGCAGGGGAGAACAAGGCAAUCAUCAAAAAAUUCAAGGAGGAGAACCCUGCUCUGUUUGUGUUCCUGGUGAUGGUUGUGAGCUACUUCCUCAUGUCGCUCUUUGGUGGAGUUAUGGUGCUCCUGCUUGGAAUCAAGCUGCCUCUUCUCUUGAUCUUUGCACAUGCAUCGCUUCGCCUACGGAACAUGAAAAACAAACUGGAGAAUAAGAUGGAGUGCGCCGGACUCAAGAAAUCACCCAUGGGAAUCUUACUUGAAGCACUGGGUCAACAAGAAGAGAACAUCAAUAAAAUUCAAGACUUUCUGGAGAGCAAACUCAAGGAGUGAACUCUUUCUGAGCUUCUCAUUCGAAUGAAGGAACCGCUUUCGUCUGGCACAGUUUCAGAAAACUAUUUCAACAUCUUUAAUUGGCAAAGCAAAAAGUAUUUUUCAUAGUGUGUUUUUUUUUUUCUAUUAUGGAAUGAAAUAAUUGUAUUGAAAAUAAGAGUGUUUUAUAAUGUUUGUUUACAUCUCAGGUCAAAUGUAAGAGAAUGCAAUUCAAAACGUCUUCCAAAGAUUUCUCGAUGACCUUUAGGGAAACGUGUCAUAUGUGCAUAUUUAAAGUUAUAGUGUUUUUCUCUCCCAAAAUAUAUUUAUUCAUAUAUUAAGACAAUUCAAUAAUAUAACAUGACAAUAUGUCAUCAGGUUUAGAGAUCUUCAAAUGUUCUGCAGUGUGAUAACUGAAAUUCUAUGGCAACUGGAAACUCCUGCGGUACUGAUAAUGAACUGUGUUACUUUGUAGAAGAUUGUUUACUUCUGUUUGUUGCUGUUAAUGUGAAUUGUUCAUUGAUGUCUUUUAUCACAUUGCUGAUGCAGCUGGGGUUUUAGACACUCUGUUUUUGCUUUUGCUUUAAUGCACAGCCUUUCUUGGCUUAUUGCUUUCUUGUCACCUAUUAGGUAAAAUAACUCAAGGUUUAAUUUCCUGACGCUAUCAACCUUAUUUUGCAUUACGGAAGUAAGUUUUAUUCUUUGAAUGUGCUUUUUGUGUUACAAACCAGUGUGUUUAUGAUUAUGAUGAAGUAGAAUAAUAUAAUAACAAACACCAGUUUUCAGUAUCAUGUGGCAUAAUGGACUGACAAGUAAAAUAACUGGAUGCGAAUGACACCAGAAGCUUCAAACAUUCAACUUUUAAAUGACAGCACCUGCUAUUAUGUUCAAAAUGAGGGGGAUGAUCUUAAAUCUAUGCAAAUUGUGUUAAUAAAGUCACAUUUGGUA